UGCCUGCACAUCACUGCCUCUUUCUCCGUGUCCGUGGGGCCCACCGCCGCCUCCCCUUCUCCUUCCAGAGCAUGGAUGCCGGCUCAGCGGGUCAGCCUGCCAUCUGGGAAGCCGCUUCAUCCUGGCGACUGGAUGCCAGCAUUGGCUCUCUAGCAGCGUGGAAGGGCAGAGCAGGGGCAGCGGCGGACUUCUGCAGCCUGCAUCAAGUGUGCGAGCCUCUUGCGUAGAGGAAGUGAUGCUUCUUGUGGUUUUUGUUGAAUAUUUAGGGACCUUUUUUUUAUCAUUUUGACUUUUCAGUGAGUGCAGUCGUGAAGAGAUCACUUCCUCCUCUAGGCUUGCAACAUCUGAAUUUGCUGCCACAAGUAGGCACUGGGUCUUCAAAUGUAAAGCUCUGCCCUGGGCACACAGUCACGCCAAGCAAAAGAGUCUGAGACGACCCGGCCCGUCAAGAUGGACGGACAGAAGGGGACACAAGAGUGGACUCUAACUCUCGGUGGGCACAGCAGCGGCUGCAGAGAAGCUUGCCGUUAAACGCCUGGCACAAGUUUCGCACUCGGAUGGAACUUUUGACGUUUUCUUAAGCCUCGCUUCGCUUUACUUUUGAACGUUUUGAGAGACUGGGGCUGCCUUGGACUUCUUCUCCUCUUUUUUGUUUGUUGGCCACGAGACCGUAAAAUCUGGAUUUCAGUAUCUUAAAAAGACCGGCAAUGGGUAACGCGGCAGGGAGCAUGGAGGUCCCCCCCCAUGGCAGGGAGGCAAAAGGCACACCUUCGGCAGCCUCGGCGUCACCCGUACAGAAGCAGCAGGCCACGCCAAAGCUGCCCAUGCCUGCUGAGGGCGAGCUGGAGGAGCGCUUUAACACGGUGCUGAACUCGAUGAACCUGCCGCCGGACAAGGCCAAACUCCUGAGCCUCUACGACAACGAGAAGAAGUGGGAGCUCGUCUGUGACCAGGAGCGAUUCCAGGUGAAGAACCCACCCUCAGCCUACAUCACGAAACUCAAAAGCUACCUGGACCAGGGAGGACUGGGGCGCAAGUUUAAGAGACGAGUGCAGGAAUCCACACAGGUCCUCAGGGAGCUGGAAAUCUCACUUCGGACAAACCACAUCGGGUGGGCACAAGAAUUCCUCAACAAGGAGAACAAAGGUCUGGACGUGUUGGUGGACUACCUGGCCUUCGCCCAGUGUGCUGUGACGUAUGACAUCGAGAACAUGGACAAUGGAGGGACAAUGACAGAGAAAGGGAAGUCAAUGGACAGAUCUGUGGAAGACUUGGCCAAGAGCACCAGCAACUCGCCCACCCAUGGCACACCUAAAUCUGCCCGGUCGCUCACAGUCAGGAUCAACACCCUGCACAGCAGAAGGGCACUGCGAAACUCCCGCAUCGUCAGCCAAAAGGACGACGUCCACGUGUGCAUCAUGUGCCUGCGAGCAAUCAUGAACUACCAGUCUGGCUUCACCCUGGUGAUGACCCAUCCUCGCUGCGUGAAUGAGAUUGCGCUGAGCCUCAACAACAAAAAUGCCAGGACUAAAGCCCUGGUGCUGGAGCUCUUGGCAGCGGUGUGCCUGGUACGCGGAGGACACGACAUCAUCCUGUCGGCGUUCGACAACUUCAAAGAGGUGUGUGGAGAGAAGAAUCGCUUUGAGAAGCUCAUGGAGUACUUUGAAAACGAAGACAGCAACAUCGACUUCAUGGUGGCCUGCAUGCAGUUCAUCAACAUCGUGGUCCACUCCGUGGAGAACAUGAAUUUCCGAGUGCAUCUGCAGUAUGAAUUCACACACUUGGGGCUGGACGCCUAUCUAGAGAAAUUAAAGUGCACCGAAAGCGACAAGCUUCUGGUGCAGAUCCAAGCAUACCUGGACAACAUCUUUGACGUGGGGGCGCUACUGGAGGAUGCAGAGAGCAAGAAUGAGCUUCUGGAGCACCUGGAGGAGAUGGAGGAGUCCAAUGUGCAGCUGUCCACCAGACUGCAGGAAGUGGAAAACGAGUCCAUGGAGAAGAUCGCCGAGCUUGAGAAGCAGCUGAUCCACAGCAAGAAAGACAUGGAGAUGAUGAAGGAGAGCCUGCGGGACAGUGCAACACAGGUGAGCUCACUAAAGCAGAAGGUGAUUGAGAAGGACCAGGCCAUGCAGGAGAGCUCCAGGUUGGAGAAAAAGCUGAACGAACUGCAGGACGAGGGACGUGUCAAGGUCACCCGAACGGCAGAUGGCGAGCUGAGCAUCGAGGUCAUCCCUGUGGUGGUGUAUCAGACGGUGACAGCAGUUUCGGCAGGAGAAGAGAGAGUUGUGCCAGUGCCAUGCCAGACUCCACUUGGACAAGGAGACUCAUCUUAUGCAGGUCCCAGCCCUGCAGUUCUGCCACCUGCACCUCCUCUUCCUCCACUGGAGACCACACCCCCUACCGCCAACUUUUCAGCAACUCCACCCCCUGCCCCACCCCUCCCUGAGGCUCUUGCUUCAUUGGCUCCUUCUGAUCAGCCAUCUCAGCCCGUCUUCAUUCCUCCGCCUCCACCACUUCCUUCCUCAGGUCCUUCUGGAGCCCCCCCCCCUCCUCCUCCUCCUCCUCCUCCUCCUCUCCCUGGGGCUGCCGGUGUGGCACCACCACCUCCACCUCUACCAACAGCAGGUGGCGGCCCUCCUCCGCCACCCCCACCCCCAGGCGGUUUGUCUGCCAGCGCUAAUACCCCAGAGUCCAAUGUGAAGUCCAAGAAGCCCAUCAAAACCAAAUUCCGCAUGCCAUUGUUGAACUGGGUGGCACUGAAGCCCAACCAAGUGUCAGGCACAGUCUUCACCGAACUGGACGACGAGCAGAUCUUAGGGCAACUCAAUAUGGAAGACUUUGAGGAGCAGUUCAAGACAAAGGCUCAGGGACCUGCUGUUGACCUCAGCACCAUCAAGGUGAAGGCCGUCCAAAAGGCUCCUAGCAAAGUGUCCCUCAUAGAGUCAAACAGAGCCAAGAAUCUGGCCAUCACACUGCGUAAGGGGGGUCUCAGCACCCCUGACAUCUGCACCGCCAUUGAGACGUACAACCUUCAGGUGCUCAGCCUGGAUUUCCUGGAGCUGCUCUCGCGCUUCGUCCCUACCGAGUAUGAGCUCAAGAUGAUUAAGAACUACGAGCGGGAUGGCAAGCCACUGGAAGAACUGUCAGAAGAGGACCGCUUCAUGAUGCGCUUCAGCAAGAUCAGCCGGCUCUCGGAUCGCAUCAACACCCUGACGUUCAUGGGCAACUUUGGGGACACGGCCAACCUAUUGAAGCCACAACUCAAUGCUGUCAUCGCGGCCUCGAUGUCCAUCAAGUCAUCAGAGAAACUGAAAAAGAUACUGGAGAUCAUUCUGGCUUUUGGAAACUACAUGAACAGCAGUAAGCGAGGGGCAGCCUAUGGCUUCCGACUGCAAAGUCUCGACAUGCUGAUGGAGACAAAAUCGACAGACCGCAAACAGACGCUCAUGCAUUACAUCGUUGGCAUCAUUCAGGAGAAGUACCCAGAGCUGACGGCGUACCAGUCGGAGCUGCACUUCCUGGACAAGGCAGCGUCAGUCUCCCUGGACAGCGUCCUUCAAGACAUUCGCACUCUUCAGCGAGGCAUGGAGAUGACUCGAAAGGAGUUCAUGGUGCAGGAUGACAGCGUGGUGCUCAAGGACUUUCUGAAGACAAAUAAUGAGAUUCUGGAUGCUCUGCAGGCUGACGGCAAAACAGCACAGGAGGCUUAUGAUUCAGUCAUUGAAUACUUUGGAGAGAACUCAAAGACAACUCCUCCAUCCACUUUCUUCCCAAUAUUUGUGCGUUUCAACAAAGCAUUUAAGCAAGCUGAGCAGGAAAACGAGCAGCGGAAGAGGCAGGAGGCCAUGGUCAAUGAAGUAGUCGAAGCCCCCAGCACUCCAGCAAAGAAGGAGCCGCUGGGACAGAAGUCCCCCAAAGUCAAGCUGCAGCAGAUGGACCUGAUUGCUGAAUUGAAGAAGCGACAGGUAAAGGAGCCGCUCAUGAGGGAGGGCAAAGACGGAGCCAUCGAAGACAUCAUCACAGAUCUGCGUAAUCAGCCAUAUAGACGGGCUGACAUCACCCGUCGCAGUGCAAAGAAGCGAACCAACGGACAGCAGCUACAAGUCUCGUCAGACAUCUCCUUAUAGCCCCCCACCCCACCCCCUCAUCCACUGCUGCACCAACACCAGCCAGGACCACCGGAGAUGUCCGCAUCGCUCUUAGUGCACGCUCAGUGCAGGCUAAUGGAGAAGACCAACGUGGACUGGCGCAUUUCGAGCAGAUUUGUUCCCCCCAAAGCAUGAGGAGUGCUGGGUCACAAACCAAAGAUGGGGCUUCUGAAGGUUUUAAAGUAGGAUACCCGACAUGGCUGACAUGUACAAACCCUUCACUCUGCAAAAAAUACAAGGGAUGUACCUCCUGGUGACGGUUAACUUGCGGCGUCUCCUUGGGGUAGCCACAGGAAGGAAGGACGGGCGGACAUGCAGGCACCUGCAGAGACCGGACAGAGCCAAGGGAAUGAACUCUGGCACAGAAUGGCGGCACCUCUUCUCUCACAGUUACCCUGCUUAUCAGCCCGCGCUGUACAUGAUGUCAGACUUCAGGGCCUACCAUAAAGCAACAGGGGCAAGUUUGUACAUAACAGAAAACUAGUCUUAUUUUUGAAAUAGCCCCCCUCUCAGCUGACUGUUAGAUUGAAACCGAGUUUACUUACCUAAUAAAGACUUUUUAUAUGUUC